UGAACUUAGAAGUUAGAACUACUCUCAGCUUUCGAGUUUCGAAAAAUUAAAGAGAAAAAAAUUCAUAUCAUCACGUCAUUUGCAGUUAUGGGGAUAAUACCUCCUACAACUGACCCAGUUAUGAUUUACACAGCUUUCUGUUUAGCAGCGGCAAGUUAUGUUCUUCUUCUAAUCCGAAACCGAUCGAAAGUUGCAGCUUCAACUAGCCGUUUACCACCCGGUCCACCGGGAUGGCCGAUUAUCGGGAACAUCUUGGAUCUUGGUAUGGCACCUCAUGCAAGUUUAGCAAAGUUGCAAAUCAAGUACGGACCACUUAUUUGGUUGCGUUUAGGGUUCGUUAACACUCUUGUUAUUUCUUCGGCUGAAGGCGCCAUGGAAAUGUUCAAAAACCAUGAUAAUACUUUCUGUAAUAGGUACUUGAAUGAAGCUUUGAAGAUAUGUGAGAAUUAUAAUGGUACAAUUACACUUGGUCCGUAUGGACCGUAUUGGCGUAUGUUGAGACGUAUUUGUACAACCGAGCUUUUCUCUCGAAAACGUAUACUGGAUACAGCUCCUCUACGUCGGAGAUGUGUUGAUAAGUUGAUAGCAUGGAUUGGUGAGGAAGCCAAAGAGACCGGUAACAGUGUGGCGAUUGCACGCUUUGUUUUUGCUACUUCGUUUAACUUAAUCUCAAACCUUAUGAUCUCUAAGGAUCUUUUAGAUCCUAAGUCUACGAAGGGAAAUCAUUUCUUUGACGUUACUUCUGAUCUAGUAGAGCUUGCAGCGAGGCCUAAUAUAGCCGAUUUCUUCCCUACGUUGAGACCCAUUGAUCCACAAGGUCUGAAGAAGAAAAUGGAAAAUAAAAUGUUGGAAGUUCUUGAAGUUGUUGGUGGUUUUGUUAAGGAACGUAGAUGCAUGAGUGAAGAAGAACGCAAGAACAAAGACAAAGAUUUCUUGGAUGUUCUGUUAGAAUUCGAAGGGAAUGGCAAAGAUGAGCCAACCAAGAUUUCAGACACCAAUCUCAAUAUUUUCAUACUUGAGUUAUUCAUGGGAGCUACAGAGACAACAAACAGUACUGUAGAAUGGGCGAUGACGGAACUACUCACUAAUCCAGCAACAAUGAAAAAAGUUGGAGCUGAAAUUACUCAAGUUGUCGGUCAUAAAAGGAGUUUCGAAGAGAGUGAUAUCGAUAAUUUACCCUAUCUACGAGCAGUGAUUAAAGAAACAUUGAGGCUACACCCACCGAUUCCAUUACUAGUACCUCGUAGCGUGAUUAAAGAUACCGAAUUGAUGGGGUAUAUCAUACCACAAGGAACUCAAGUGUUCGUGAAUGUUUGGGGACUCGGAAGAGAUCCAGCUUCCUGGGAUGCACCAUUGGCAUUCAACCCAGAACGGUUUUUAGAUUCCACCGUUGAUUAUCGUGGGCAAAAUUUCGAGUUCUUACCAUUUGGAGCUGGCCGACGUAUUUGCCCAGGGCUUCCUUUGGGUAACCAAAUGCUUCACCUUGUGCUAGGAUCAUUGCUCCAAUCUUUUGAAUGGUCUCUAGAAGAUGGUGUUACUCCUGAAACCUUGGACAAGAGUGAUAAAAUGGGUAUGUCAUUGAGGAAGGCAUCCUUGUUGAAGGCAGUACCAAAACCUGUAUGUCUUUAAGCUUCGCCAAAUAAUGUGAAAAGCUAGCUUGAAAUGAAGUUAGAUGGUCACAGGAGCCUAAUAUGUUUGUCUAUUUUCAGUUGUUUUUUUCUGUUUUUCCAUUAGUCUGUAUUUUUAGUUUGAAGUUAAACGUUGCAAGUUCUCAAAGUUCGUGACUUGUAAUCAUGUAGCUAGAUUGAUGAUCAAUAUAUAAAAAUCUUGUCUGUAUAAGUUCACCAAAA